CAUUGUAAGAAGGAACACUACACCGGACCAAUUCACUUACCGAGACAAGAAGCAACCGCUUUGCCCCGUAAUGGCGUCUCUCAACCUCUCCUGCUCCGUGGCAUCGUCGUCGUCGUCGUCUUCUUCCGCUUCUUCGAUGGUCCGUGCGCCUGCGCUCUCUCUCUCAUCCUCGAAGCCCUCCGUCUUCCCGGCCCGGUCUUUCCCCGGAUUCCAUCGACGCUCUUCGUAUCCGAGGAUAUAUGCUCUGUCCAGUAACGACAUAAAAGUCGGCACCAACCUUGUCGUUGAUGGAGCUCCUUGGCGAGUUAUCGAGUUCUUACAUGUGAAACCGGGAAAAGGAGCAGCUUUUGUUAGAACCAAGAUGCGCAAUUACGUAACAGGAAACACUGUUGAGAAAACCUUUAGAGCUGGAAGUUCGAUCGAUGAGGCAAAUAUAUCCAAGGAAACCAAGCAAUUCACUUACAAAGAUGCUGCCCAGUUUGUCUUCAUGGACUUGACUACCUACGAGGAAAUUCGUCUCAAUGAAUCAGAGGUUGGUGACAAGACAAAGUGGUUAAAAGAGGGUAUGGACUGCAAUGUGCUGUUUUGGAAUGGGAAGGUUAUUGACUUUGAUCUCCCAAUCACAGUUAAGCUGAAGGUGGUGGAUGUUGACCCUGGUCUGAAAGGCGAUACUGCUCAAGGUGGAUCGAAACCUGCGAAACUUGACACAGGUGCUGUGGUUAAUGUCCCACUGUUCGUGAACAUAGGCGAUGAGAUUUUGGUAGAUACAAGAACUGGGCAAUACAUGAGUCGUGCGUGAGGUUUUAGCGCUGUAUGAUUCUUACUCCAAACGUCUAGGCUUUUCAUCGGAUCUGUGAAAUUCACUCAUGAGGCUUAGAUAGCAAAGAGGUAGUUGCCCAAA